UGAUAUUCGCACUGUCCCCUGUCGCGGUGGCUGGUGAUGCGGGUGAUGUGUGUUUGGUGGGGUAACUGCGCUAUCCGUCUUGAGGUACUGAUCCAUAUCCGUCCUCUUUAAUCCGUUGUUUACGGUCUUUUGAACAAGAACAACAACAGAGGCAUCGCCGUUGCGUCGCUGCAAUGGAGAGUCCCCACGAACAUCAACAGAACUUGCUUCUGUCGCGCAUCAUCACCAACGUGGAGAAACUGAACGAAGCCAUCGUGGUGAUGAACAAGACGCUGCAGGAGAUCAACAUCCAAAACAUGAAUAUCGAGCUGGUUGCCCAGAUGUUCAAGAACUACCAGUCGAACGUGCUAUUCCACCUGGAGGCAACUGAGAACCUUAAGGACCCGGCAUGAAGGCGUUG